UUGUAUUCUUUUUACAGGUGCAUUAGAAUAAUAAAAUGAAUGGCCCAGAGUCAGAAUCAGUCGUAAAAUACAAUGAGGAAAAUGUUACCGAAGAUGUUGAUUAUAAAACUGUAGAUAUAAAAGAGGUUCCAAAUUUAUCGGAGGACGCUGGAACCUUGGGUAAAACGGAAAAGAAGAAAGAAAAAAGAAGGGCAAAAGAAAAAAAGAAAGGAGAAAAAGGAAGAUCGUCGAACAAACGUUUUGGAUUUAAGAGCAUAAUUAAGUCCAAGAAAAAAGAUUCUUCUCAAUCGACAAAUAACAAUGCAACAAAUAUAACCGUUACUUUGUCUAAGAUAGAAGAAGGAGAAAUAACUGAUGAAUUAUAUAACGAAGGAUAUGAAGGUACAAAAGAGAAGGAAAUUAUUACAGAAAAUGGUGUUACGGAAACAAACAGACAAUCUCUUCCAGACAACGAUAAGCCAGAUCAACUGGCAGUAGUAGCGAUCGAAAUGACUGAGGACAAUGCAGGGGAUGAAAUCAAUAGAUCGGAGAAAUCACAGGGUAGAUUUUCUGGAUUGCUUCGUGUAUUUGGAUACAUAUUUGGUACACAGUGUAUGAACGGAUGCAUGAGAACAACAAAUUCCGCAACUGAUCACGAUGAAGAAAGCUAUGAUGUUACAGAGGAAUGUGAAAACGAAAUUGAAGACAAACAACAUGAAAACGGAUUUGAUAAUGGGAAAGAAAAUAAUGAAAAGGCGAAGUUUGAAGCUUUUAACGACAUUUUUCCACAAGUGGAAGAUGAACCCAUGAAGAAUGAAUCCAUGUUGUUAACGUGGGAAGGCUUUCUUGAAAGGGUAAGCUGGAUUGCAGCAUUAAUACGAGGCACGUCUAGCCAGAAUGAAUCAGCAUCCGUUCACGAAGAUGAAGUAACUGAUAUUAAAACAACGUCUGUUUCGACGACAGAAAAUAUUUCAGGGCAAAACUCUACUGGAGAUGAAGGGAAUCGAGAAAGAGCUUCCGACUUAGAUGAAACCGAGCAAAAUGAGAAAUUAAGUGGAGAAGAAACAGAAAGUGAAGGCCAAAAAGUAAAAGAAGAUCUCGAUUAUGGCGAUCAAUAUAUUGAACAAGUGGUUGAUGUUGAGAGAGUGCAGUUAACGGAAGAUACAAACAUUUUUAUAGCUAAAGCUGCGAAAGCCGUGAAAAAAUUUCGUCGACAGAUCGAAGCAUGCAGUCGUGAUAUUGUCAAGUCACCUGGUGUUGCAACAAUUCUUCGCAAGAAAAAUUCAACAACUCUUAUUACUCCAACUGUGCGACGAAUCGGAAUCUCCAGUGAUGAUAUUGAAGAGAUGCCAACAGUGGAUGAUGAAAUUCAGGCAGAGGCCGAAGAAAUUGAAGAAAAUAAAAACAAGAAGCGACCAAUUGAAAAUAUAAAAGCCAGGCACGUUCUGGUAACCGGAGAGGAAGGGCAAGGGAAAACAACCCUUUUAGAACGAUAUGCCGACAUGGCAAUGGGGAGAUUGCUAGUUGUCAACGAAGUUUCACUAGAUAUUUUCAAACGUUGGCACCCAUUUGCCAGGAAAGAUUUUUUCAACUUUGUGCAUUUCGUACGCCUUAGCGAGCUACCAGUAAAGGGCUAUUAUACUCCAUGUGGACUUCUGUUUAAAAGCGUCGUUCAUGGUUUGAGCGAUGAGUGUACAGAAGCUGGAUUCAGAUGGCUAAUAGAAUAUAGAAAAAGUAUCCUAUUUAUUCUCGAUGGCUUAGAUGAAAUGAGAUCAUUUCCAGGAAGGCAACAUAAAAAAAUUGAUUACAAUGUUCGUGCGAGUCCAUCGUGCAUUUUACAUAAUUUGCUAUGUGGAAACUUAUUCCCCAAUGCGCACAUACUUUCCUCUGCGAGGCCAUAUACUAUUGAACGCUUCACAGCAACUGCAGCCCCAAUGCGAAUAUAUGCUUUGACUGAGUUAGAAAAGAAGGAUAUAAAAACGCUUGUCAAAAGCUUCACUCCGAAAGAUAGCAAAGUGAAUAAACCAUGGAAAAUCCUAGAGCAAGAUUAUCCGAAUCUUUCGAUUAUGGGUGGAAUUCCAUUGAAUCUUCUAUAUUGGUCAACUGCUGUCUUGGAAGAUACUGAAAAUAAAUGUCCUGAUACUUGCGUUGCAGUAAUGUCACGGUACUUGAAAUGCGCUUUUGAUAACGGCGAAUCGUGGAAUGUGCAGUCAGUGACAAUUAUGACCAAGGUGAAGAAACUGGCCUGUGACAGCGUAGAGAAAAAUCUAUCAAUGUUAAAAGAUGAAGUUUUUUCGGAAGUUGAUUUGGAUUUGGCUGAUGUUCAACAGCUUCCUAUAUUCCAUCCUCGAUCAAGCAAACUUGGGGUGAAUCGUGGAAAAAUAGAGGAAUACUUUGCAGUUUCUUUUACUCAUCAAACCGUACAAGAAUAUUUAGCCGCUUUACAUCUUUGUGAGGUGAGCUUGGCUGAUUUUGUGGAAUUCACAAAAAAGCAUCUCCAUAAUCCCAAACACGGUUUCAUUAGAAUGGUAUUAUGCGGACUUCUAUUCAACGAAGAAAACAUGGCAGUUUUGCAUGACAUCGUUGAAGUAUCGGCACCAGAAGAAAAACGAGAAAUACUUUUGCAAGAUUUUCGAAACAUCUUAAACUCGGGCGAUAAAAGUCAUUCUUUUUAUGCCGCACUUCACGAAGCUGGCGACGGAAUUAAAGAACUUCUUCAAGUUCAUAUGAAUGAAAUAUGUCUUUCUGGAGAGAAAUUGACAUCGUUGACCAUACUGAUUCUGACCGCUUUGCUUUCCCGGACUGGAAAUCUUGACCUUUUCAGUUUGUCAGAUUGCAACUUGUAUGAUGCAACAAUCAAAUCUUUGUUAACUGCCGCUCAAAAGUGCGAUGUUACCAUAAAAAUGUUAGAUCUACAGGGGAACUCCAAACUGCUGUUUCAAGGACGAAAUCUUCGUGAUUUAUUUGAUCAUUGUAAAUCUGAAGCUUUAGAUGUUUCUCGUUGUGAAUUGAAUAAAGAAAAGCUUGCGAGGCUUCAGGCGUCUUUUAAAGGGGCCCAGUUGAAGACUAUCAAAGCUGGUCAUAACAACAAGAUUGGAGAAGCGGGUAUCCAAAUCAUAGGUGAUAUCGUUAAAAGUUGCGAAACGAAGUCGUUGAACUUAAAUAAUUGCUCACUCACAUCUGGUGCAUUCAAACGACUGAGAAAAUCUCUCAAAGACACUCAGUUAUAUCAUUUGAAUGUGAGUGAAAACAAAGGCUUAGACGUACAAGCAAUGGUUAUGUUGGGUGAUAUUGUUCAAACAAAUGGCGUCAAAGAACUGAACCUCAGCAAAUGUGAGAUCACAAACAAAAAAAUAAGAAAUUUUCAAGCAUCACUAAAAACAUCAACGAUGAAUGUAUUGGACAUCAGCGCAUCUGAAAUGACAACAGCAUGGGGCCUAAACGUUAUCGCAAUAUCUAGAUUGAUACCUCACGUGAGCGAAGAAAUUCGAAUGAUUAAUUGGACAAUUGAUCCGAAAGUUCUUAAGAUGUUUCAAGACAACAUUAAUGAACAAGCAUCAUCGGAUUUGAAAAUAAUAUACGGAGCCAACGGCGAAUAUGUUCUAACUCCAGAAACAGAAGAUGAUGAAGAACAAGAAUAUUUGGAAGAAAUUCAACAACAAUGAAACUGAUGAAGUACAAUUAAUUUCAAUGACGCUUUCACGUUUUUUUUAAGUUUGUGUGUUCCAGUCUUUUGCUCAAGUUUAAGCUUGCAACUAUUCAUAGUUCACCUGGUAACGAUGAGUAACUGACAAUGUAAAAUUGUAUUUAAAAAUAUAUAAAAUUCAUGCAAGAGCCAUUGUUAGAAACCCAACUUUGUUUACAUGAGUUACAUGAUAUGAUAAAUCGCUUUAACAUUAAUUUCAUUACACAUUAUUUUCUUCUCUAUAUGUAAAAUAAAUCAUUAUUUUUGAUUGAAUGUAUAUUUAAUAAAAACGUAUAUCAAAAAACAAUUUUGCGUCAUACAUUGGAGUAAUAUCUGCAUCGAAACUAGUGAUGACAACCUGUUACUGAAAAGUUCAUUAGUCAACUUAAAAUUGUUUGCUAACAAAUAUUGAGAACAUUAUUUUAUAAGUAACAAAAAUAAUGAAAAACAAAAGAUCUUGAUGAAGUAGCAAUCGUGUUAUUUGACAAGC